GAGCUUUCCACGUUGAUUCCAACCCGCAAUGGAUACGGAAAAGGCGCAGGACAAGACCAGCGUGUCGAGCGACAAUGGCGUCGACAUUGCCACCCACAAGCCAGACACGGGCAUCCUAGCCAGAUUGCUUGCGCUUGAAGCGCGAUUAGAUGCUAAACUCGGUGUUGAGGCCGAGGCAAUCACCAGGAAAAGAGCUGAAGACAAGCGCCAUGUGCCGUGGCAUCAGCAACUCAACAUGAUGUUUAUAUGGGCGUCGGGCUCAAUGAAUACGUCUUGUUUUGCAAUCGGGUUCUUGGGCCAUGACCUUGGGUUGACACUCCGCCAGUCCGUUGUUAUUACCAUUUUCGCAACUCUUCUGGGUGGAGCGGCGACAGGAUUCGCAGCAACGUUUGGAGCGCCGACUGGUCUCCGUCAAAUUUCCAUUUCUCGGUAUUCAUUUGGUUGGUGGCCGACCAAGAUCAUUGCUUUUCUCAACACCAUCCAGCAGAUUGGGUGGGCAGCAGUAGCAUGUAUUGCGGGCGGUCUGGCUCUCGAGGCUGUGGCAGACGGCCACCUGUCGCUCGUAGUAGGCAUCGUCAUCAUCGUCUGCGUAUCCACAGUCUUUUCGUUCAUAGGGCUGCGCGCCGUCCUGUUCUACGAGCGCUACGCAUGGUUCGUCUUCUUCGUCAUCUUCAUCAUCAUCUUUGCGGAAACAGGAAAGUACACGGAUAACAGCACCACGACUACCCUCGAAGGCGCAAACCUCGCCGGCCGCGUACUCACCUUGCUCGCAAUCGUGUACGGAAGUUCCGCGUCCUGGCAGGUCAUUGCAUCAGACUACUAUGCGCACUACCCCGUCGACGUGAACCGCUGGAAAGUCUUCAUCCUGACUACCCUCGGUGUCGCCGUCCCAACCUCCGUCGGCAUGUGCGCCGGCAUCGUCGUCUCGUUUGGCCUGAACAACCGCCCAGACUGGGACCAAGUCUACCGCACCCAAGGCCUCGGCUUCCUCGUGCAAACCGUGCUGUACCCCCACGGCUUCGCAAAGUUUAUUCUCACCCUACUCGUACUCUCCGGCAUAAACACAAACGUCAUUUCCAUCUACAGCGCCGCCAUUUCGUGCCAGCAGUUUGCACGGCCCCUCGCUCGCAUCCCGCGCAUAAUAUGGGUUGUUCUCUCUUUCGCCGCGAUCCUCGGUCUCGCCAUUGGCGGCCGCGCGAAACUAAGCACGUAUCUGCAGAAUUUUCUAAGUCUGCUCGGGUACUGGUGUACGCAGUACUUUGUCAUUGUAUGCAGCGAGCACGUCAUCUUUCGCAAAAUGAACUUUGCGAAUUAUGAUCUCGAGGCGUGGAAUGAUCCUUCGCGCUUGCCCCUAGGACUCGCAGCUGGUGCGGCGUUUGGGCUGGGGACCGUGGCGUGGGUUAUGGGUAUGGUGCAGACGUGGUUUGUGGGGCCGCUUGCGAAGCAGAUUGGAGGUGGGGGUGAUAUAGGGAAUGAGUCUACGUUUGUUAUUACGGCUUUGAUUUAUAUUCCUGCGAGGGUGUUUGAGAGGAGGAUUAUUGGCAGGUAGGGCGCGUGGAGGAUAUCCCGGGGGGGAGAAUUUAAAAGAUAAACAUGGUGUGGUAGUAG